AUGUCGGGAUAUCCAUACGGAAAUUCAGUAGGCGGGGGGGCAAUACAAUACUCACAGGGCCAGAUUCCCCAACAACGCCCAGGUACAGUAAUGUCAUCUCCUUUUCAAGGAAUGUCUGAAGGAGUACCAAAAACUACUCCUUUUGGAGUGCAAGGUCAACAUCAGAAUCAGAGUCAAAGUAUUGGCCAAAAUCAAGGUUAUCCACAGAGCGGAGGAUAUUAUGGCUCAAGCAAUGAUAAUAAUACUAUUCAAGGUCAAAAUAGAAUUCGGCCUGGUAUGAUGAUUCCAGUAGGAAUGGGACAGCAAACUCAAGGCCAAAGCCAAGCUCAAACUGGCUAUUAUAAUUCGAAUCCAGUUUCAAAAGAUAUUGGAAAUAAUAAUACAACAAUAACUGGCGGACUAUCAAUGAGCGAAAUACAACAACUUAAUGCUCCAUCAUACUUUGUGAGACCAUCUGUCUCAAAAGUCCCAAGCUCAGCAAGUCUUAAACAGAAAGCCCAUAUUCCUGUUGGUCUAGUUUUCCAACCUUUAGCAAGUCCUCCUCCUGGAUAUCCUGAAGUACCAACAGUUUCUUUUGGAUCUAGUGGUGUAUUAGUUAGAUGUAAGCCCUGCAGAACUUAUAUUAAUCCAUUUGUUAGAUGGGAAGCAGGAGGGCGUCGUUGGAUAUGCAACAUGUGUGGUUAUUCUAACGAAACUCUUUCAUUUUAUUAUUGUGGAUUAGAUGAUCAAGGACGUAGAACUGACCGAUUUGAACGUCCUGAACUUUCUGUUGGGAGUACUGAAUUUAUUGCAUCUGGAGAAUAUAUGGUAAGACCGCCUCAGCCUCCUGUAUAUUUUAUAGUUUUGGAUGUUUCAAUGCCAGCAGUAUCUUCAGGACUUGUUGAGACAGUUUGUUCAGCAGUAAAAAAUGCUAUAUUAUCUGAUAAAAUUCCAGGUGGAGGUAGAGCUAUGAUAGGUAUUAUCACAUUUGAUUCAUUUAUUCAUUUUUAUGAUUUAAAUAGUAAUCUUUCACAACCACAUAUGUUUGUUGUAUCAGAUUUGAAUGAUCUAUUUUUACCACUUUCUGAUGGUGUUUUGGUCAAUAUUGCUGAUUCUACUGAGCAAAUUGUGAACUUGUUAGAUAAUUUACCAAAUUUAUGGAGAAACAAUAGAGUUUCAGAGAAUUGCAUGGGAUCAGCAAUUAAAGCUGCUUAUAUGGCAAUCAGACAUAUUGGUGGAAAAGUCCUUUUAUUUUCAUCAGGAGCACCAACAGUUGGAGACCAAACAGUAAAACUGAAUCGUGAACAAAUGAGAAGUUCUGGAAAAGAAUCCAAAGAUGUUGAUAGAGAAGUUGAACUAUUAAAACCAGAAAAUGAUGGAUAUAGCAAUUUUGUUCAUGCACUUGUUAGAGCAUAUAUUAGUGUUGAUUUAUUCAUGUGUACUUCUCAAGCUAACGUAGAUUUACCCACAAUUUCUCCAAUUGUAAAAAAAACUAGUGGUGAUCUUACAUAUAUUUUUGGGUUCAACUCGUAUCUUCAUGGACAAAAACUUAGAGAGGAUAUAUUUUUAACCCUAACCAGAAAUUCUGCCUGGGAAGCUUGCAUCAGAUUUAGAGUUAGUCGUGGAUGGAAAAUAUCAAACUGGUAUGGUAAUUUCUAUUUUAGUGGAGUUGAUCUUCUUCUUGCUCCAAAUUGUCAUAGAGACCAAGCUUUUAGUAUUGUUAUUGAUAUGGAUGAAAAUGUGACAGUAGCUCCAGAUCCUUUUGUUUACAUUCAAGCAGCUCUUUUACAUACUAAUAGUGAUGGUGAAAGACGUAUUAGAGUUCAUACAAUGGCUUUACCAGUAACUCAGAAUUAUGUAGAUUUAGUAUCUAGUAUGGAUGUACAGGCAACAGUUUCAAUAAUUUGUCAGAAUGCAAUGGAAUUAAGUCUCAAAAGCAAAUUACUUGAUGGUCGUAAUUAUCUUCAGACAAUUUGUUCUCAAAUAAUUUUACCUCAAUCCAAUCAAAUAAUUGAAGCUGCUAAACAACUUCCACUUUAUAUACUUGGUGUACUUAAAUGUCCAGCUUUUAGAGAUUACAAAGAAGUUGCUCAGUCUGAUCACAGAAUUUAUCACUGGAUACGUCUAUCUAGUCUUAGACUAGAGUCUCAAAUGAUACUCUUUUAUCCAAGAAUGUUUUGUCUUUCUUCUUGGAAUCUUCAACAGCAGGAAACUGAUCAAUCACUAGUGCUUCCUCCUGCCUUAAAUUUGACAGCAGAAAAAAUGACACAGGCUGAUGCAUAUCUUUUAGAAGAUGGAGAAUCUAUGUAUCUUUGGCUUGGAAGAGCAAUUCCAACUGCUUUCAUCCAACAGGUAUUUGGUGUUGCAACUCUUGAUCAACUUCAUCCAGAUUAUGCUGAAACUGUCAUUGGAUCAACAGGUGACAAGCUCGGAGUAAAAGUUGCAAUUCUAAUCAAUAACAUCCGUGAACAAAGAAAACCACCAUUUAUGAAACUUCAUACCAUUAGGCAAGGUGAUCCUUUAGAGAACAAAUUUUUCCUUUCACUUAUUGAAGAUAAGACACAAGGCUUUAUGCUUUCUUACAACGACUUUUUGAAUAAAAUCCUUCCAAGGUCUAAUCCAAAUAUGUUGCAAAGAUAUCCUGGUAAUUAG